ACGAGAGGCACCGGCGGGCGGAUCGGACGGCUGCGCUUGACGAGGGACUACCGAGCAGGGGAGGGGGAUGGGGCGCCCCAGCGCCGGCGAGGCAGCGCCCUGAGAGGUGGCCGGGCCGGGCUCGGUCUCCGGGAGGGAGGAAGGACCGAGGCGGGAAGGAUGGCGACGAUGUCUCUUCAGUCCGCCGCCGCCGCCUCCUCCUCCUCCUUCUCCUCCUCGGAGACUCGGAAGUUCACGCGGGCGCUCAGCAAGCCGGGCACAGCCGCCGAGUUGCGGCAAAGCGUCUCCGAAGUGGUGCGGAGUUCGGUUUUUGUGGCAAAACCAAAGGUAAUAGAGCCAAUAGACUAUGAAAAUAUAAUUGUUCAGAAGAAAACUCAAAUAAUCAACGAUGGCUUGCGUGAGCUGCUACUUUUUCCAUAUGAUGAUUUCCAGACUGCAGUACUGAAACGCCAACACCAGUAUGUAUGUUCUACAAUUCCAGAGAAAGCAGAGAAAGAAGCUUACAGCUUAUUUGUAACAGAGUGCAUUAAGACAUACAUCUCUGACUGGCAUGUUGUCAAUUUCAAAUAUGAAGAUUACUCAGGAGACUUUCGGCAGCUUCCAAACAAAGGGAACAGAUUAGAAAAGCUUCCAGUUCAUGUUUUUGAAGUUGAUGAAGAAGCUGAUAAGGAUGAGGAUGCUGCAUCUCUAGGAUCUCAAAAGGGUGGACUUACAAAACAAGGAUGGUUAUACAAAGGGAACAUGAACAGUGCAAUCAGUGUUACUAUGCGGUCAUUUAAAAGAAGAUUUUUUCAUCUCCUUCAACUUGGUGAUGGAUCAUAUAAUCUUAAUUUCUACAAAGAUGAAAAAAUAUCAAAAGAACCAAAAGGCUCAAUUUUUUUGGAUUCUUGCAUGGGCGUUGUUCAAAACAAUAAAGUCCGACGUUUUGCCUUUGAGCUCAAGAUGCAGGACAAGAGUAGCUAUCUCCUUGCGGCAGACAGUGAAGCAGAAAUGGAAGAAUGGAUUACAACUCUAAACAAAAUUCUUCAAUUAAAUUUUGAAGCAGCAAUGCAAGAAAAGAGAUAUGAGGAGUCCCAUGAGGAAGAUGAACAAAACAGGAUAGACAGCUCAUCUGGUUUAGAUGCUUACCUUCCUGAAGUUGCGAAGAGUUGCAGAGAUUCUGAAUUCAAAUUCAAAAAUGAAAGCAGGGUUAAGCUCUUUGCACUGGACCCAGAUGCACAGAAACUAGACUUCUCCGGUAUUGAGCCUGAAGUUAAGCCAUUUGAAGAGAAGUUUGGGAAGAAAAUUCUGGUGAAGUGCAAUGACUUAUCUUUCAAUCUACAAAGCUGUGUGGCUGAAAAUGAAGAGGGACCAACAACGAAUGUAGAGCCAUUUUUCAUCUCACUGUCACUAUUCGAUGUUAAGCAUAAUCGGAAGAUUUCAUCAGAUUUCCAUGUUGAUUUGAAUCAUAGCACAGUGAGACAAAUGCUAGCUAAUACAUCACAGGAGUUGUUGAAUGGGAGUAGUGAUUGCUUACAUCCAAUUCAGGAUAUUAUUUCAGAUGUUAUACUACAAUAUCCCAAACAAGGAAUAUUCUCAGUAACGUGUCCACACCCGGAUAUAUUUCUAGUGGCCAGAAUAGAAAAAGUUCUACAAGGCAGCAUUACUCAUUGUGCUGAGCCAUAUAUGAAAAGUUCUGAUUCUUCUAAGGUUGCUCAAAAGGUUCUGAAAAAUGCAAAGCAAGCUUGCCAACGACUAGGGCAAUACAGAAUGCCAUUUGCAUGGGCAGCCAGAACAUUGUUUAAGGACAUGGCUGGAACACUGGACAAAAGUGCAAGAUUUUCUACACUUUACAAACAAGACAGUAAUAAACUUUCAAACGAAGACAUGCUUAAAGUGUUAGCUGAUUUCAGAAAGACUGAAAAGAUGUCUAAGUUGCCAGUUAUUUUAGGAAACCUAGACAUAACAAUUGAUAAUGUUUCUGCAGAAGUACCAAAUUUUGUUAAUUCAUCAUACAUUCCCAUGAAACAGUUUGAAAACAAUUCCAAGGCAGUAGUAACGUUUGAAGUAGAGGAAUUUGUUCCCUGUAUACCAAAACAUACUCAGCCUUUCACUAUCUACAACAACCACCUUUAUGUUUAUCCAAAGUACUUGAAAUACGACAGUCAGAAGACAUUUGCAAAGGCAAGAAAUAUUGCAGUGUGCAUAGAAUUCAGAGAUUCCGAUAAUGAAGACUCUCAGCCUUUGAAGUGCAUCUAUGGCAGACCAGGGGGUCCAAUAUUUACAAGACAAGCAUUUGUUGCAGUUUUGCAUCACCAGCAAAACCCAGAGUUCUAUGAUGAGGUAAAAAUAGAAUUGCCCACACAGCUGCAUGAAAAACACCAUUUAUUGUUUACCUUCUAUCAUGUUAGUUGUGACAGUUCAAGUAAAGGGACCACCAAGAAGAAGGACAUAAUUGAAACACAAGUUGGAUAUUCCUGGCUUCAGUUGUUAAAAGAUGGCAGAGUGGUGACAAAUGAACAACAUAUGCCAGUAUCUGCUUAUCUUCCAAGUGGAUAUCUUAACAGUCAAGAAUCAGGCAUAAGCAAAUAUUCCAGCCCUGAAAUUAAAUGGGUAGAUGGAGGCAAACCACUGUUGACAAUUUCAACUCACCUAGUUUCCACUGUAUAUACACAGGACCAGCAUUUAAACAAUUUCUUCCAUUACUGUCAAAAAACUAUGUCUGGCGCUCAAGCUUUAGGAUGUGACCUUGUGAAAUAUCUUAAGAGCCUUCAUGCUAUGGAGGGACAUGUCAUGAUAGCAUUUCUGCCUACUAUUUUAAACCAGUUGUUUAGAGUUCUUACAAGGGCAACUCAGGAAGAUGUUGCAGUGAAUGUGACAAGGGUUAUUAUCCAUGUGGUUGCCCACUGUCACGAAGAAGGAUUGGAUAGCUAUUUGAGAUCCUAUGUCAAGUACGUUUUUAAAGGAGAAACUUAUAUUGCUUCAGAAUAUAAAACUGUACAUGAAGAACUUGCCAAAACCAUGACAACAAUCUUGAAGCCUUGUACUGACUUCCUCACAAGCAACAAGCUGCUUAAGUAUUCCUGGUUUUUCUUCGAAAUUUUGAUCAAAUCAAUGGCCCAACACCUACUGGAAAAUGCUAAAGUAAAGUUGCUGAGAAAUCAGAGAUUUCCAGCAUCGUUUCAUCAUGCUGUGGAAACUGUUGUCAAUAUGCUGAUGCCCCACAUUACUCAGAAAUAUAAGGAUAACCCAGAAGCUUCAAAGAAUGCAAACUAUAGUCUUGCUGUCUUCAUAAAACGAUGUUUCACGUUUAUGGACAGAGGUUUCAUAUUCAAGCAAAUUAACAACUAUAUCAGCUUCUUUGCUCCAGGAGAUCCAAAGGCUCUUUUUGAAUUCAAAUUUGAAUUUCUCCGAGCAGUAUGUAAUCACGAACACUACAUUCCUUUAAAUCUACCUAUGCCAUUUGGAACAGGCAGGAUUCAGAGAUACCAAGAUCUUCAGCUGGACUACUCCUUAUCGGAUGACUUCUGCAAGCAUCACUUUUUGGUGGGACUGCUUCUCAGAGAAGUGGGAAAUGCAUUGCAAGAAUUCAGAGAGAUACGACAAAUUGCAAUUGGAGUUUUGAAGAAUCUAAUGAUAAAACAUUCUUUUGAUGACAGAUACGCUUUAAAGAGUCAUCAAGCGAGGAUAGCUACCUUGUAUCUGCCAAUAUUUGGUCUACUGAUCGAAAACGUUCAUCGAAUUGAUGUCAAGGAUAUUUCACCCUUCCCUAUCAAUGCUGCUAGCAGUGGUGCAAAGGAUGAAACACUUAAUUUACCAGCUGCAAAUCCAUUGAUGACUCCACCAAAAUCUGUGAAUGCCCUUGACAGCAGCCUCCAGAAAGAUUUGUUUGGUGCUAUUUCAGGCAUUGCACCCCCAUACACUUGUUCUACUCCUAAUGUUAAUUAUGCGAGGAAUGCAGAUUCAAGAGGCUCUCUUAUAAGUACAGACUCAGGAAACAGUCUCCCAGAAAAACAUGGUGAAAAGAGCAAUUCUCUAGACAAGAACCAGCAAGCUUGCAUUUCAGGAAGUUCUGUUGUUCGUUGUGAUAAACUUGAUCAAGCUGAGAUAAGGAGUUUACUGAUGUGCUUCCUCCAUGUUUUAAAAAGCAUGACAGACGAUGCUUUGUUUACAUAUUGGAACAAGGCCUCAACAUCAGAACUUAUGGACUUUUUUACUAUUACUGAAGUAUGCUUACAUCAAUUUCAGUACAUGGGGAAACGAUACAUUGCCAGGAACCAGGAGGGGUUGGGACCCAUAGUUCAUGAUCGAAAAUCUCAGACAUUGCCUGUUUCCCGUAACAGAACAGGGAUGAUGCAUGCCAGAUUACAGCAGCUGAGCAGCCUGGAUAACUCUCUCUCAUUUAGCCACAGUUAUGGCCAUUCAGAAGCAGAUGUUCUUCACCAAUCUUUACUUGAAGCCAAUAUUGCCACUGAAGUGGGCCUUACGAUUCUGAAUACUUUAUCUUUGUUCACAGUGGCAUUUAAGAAUCAGUUGCUGAAGGAUGAUGGCCAUAAUCCGCUGAUGAAAAAAGUAUUUGAUGUAUACAUUUGCUUUCUACAAAAAAAUCAGUCCGAAACAGCUUUAAAAAAUGUUUUCAAUGCUUUAAGGACAUUAAUUUUUAAGUUCCCUUCCACCUUUUAUGAAGGGCGAGCUGAUAUGUGUUCUUCACUAUGCUGUGAAAUUUUGAAGUGCUGUAACUCCAAACUAAGUUCAAUUCGAACUGAAGCUUCGCAGCUCCUUUACUUCUUAAUGAAGAAUAAUUUUGAUUAUACUAAAAAGAGAUCGUUUGUAAGGACACAUUUACAGGUUAUCAUUUCUGUGAGUCAGCUGAUUGCAGAUGUUGCUGGAAUUGGAGGAACCAGAUUUCAGCAGUCUCUUUCCAUUAUUAAUAACUGUGCAAACAAUGAUAAAUAUAUUAAGCACACUACCUUUCCUUCUGAUGUAAAAGAUCUGACAAAACGCAUCCGUACAGUCCUAAUGGCUACUGCACAAAUGAAGGAACAUGAGAAUGAUCCAGAAAUGCUAGUGGAUCUUCAGUAUAGUCUGGCAAAGUCUUACGCUAGUACACCUGAGCUGAGGAAAACAUGGCUGGAUAGCAUGGCAAAAAUUCAUGUUAAAAAUGGAGAUUUUUCAGAGGCAGCAAUGUGCUAUGUUCAUGUAGCAGCUUUGGUGGCUGAAUACCUUCUACGGAAAGGAAUGUUUAGACAAGGUUGUAGCAGUUUCAGAGUAAUCACUCCAAAUAUAGAUGAAGAGGCCUCAAUGAUGGAAGAUGUGGGGAUGCAAGGUGUUCACUUUAAUGAAGAAAUAUUGAUGGAAUUAUUGGAACAAUGUGCAGAUGGUCUUUGGAAGGCUGAACGUUAUGAACUGAUUGCUGAUAUAUAUAAACUUAUAAUUCCCAUUUAUGAAAAACGAAGAGAUUUUGAGAAAUUAGCUCAUCUGUACGACACAUUGCACCGGGCAUAUAGCAAAGUUACUGAAGUUAUGCACACAGGAAAGAGAUUGUUGGGAACGUAUUUCAGAGUUGCCUUUUUUGGACAGCAAUACCAGUUUACAGACAGUGAAACAGAUGUGGAGGGAUUCUUUGAAGAUGAGGAUGGAAAAGAAUAUAUUUACAAAGAACCUAAGCUCACAUCUCUUUCAGAAAUUUCCCAGAGGCUACAAAAGCUCUACUCAGAUAAAUUUGGAUCUGAAAAUGUCAGGAUGAUCCAGGAUUCUGACAAAGUAAAUCCUAAGGAUUUGGAUUCAAAAUAUGCCUAUAUUCAAGUCACACACGUAGUUCCAUAUUUUGAAGAAAAGGAAUUGCAGGAAAGAAAAACGGAAUUUGAAAGGAAUCACAACAUCCGCCGAUUUAUGUUCGAAAUGCCUUUUACUCAGCUGGGUAAAAGACGAGGUGUGGUGGAAGAGCAAUGCAAGCGACGCAUCAUUCUUACAGUUAUAAAUUGUUUUCCAUAUGUAAAAAAGCGGAUUCCCAUAAUGUAUCAACAGUACAAAGAUUUAAAUCCAAUUGAGGUAGCCAUUGAUGAAAUGAAUAAAAAAAAUGCAGAACUCCGGCAACUUUGUUCAUCCACUGAAGUUGAUAUGAUCAAACUUCAAUUAAAGCUGCAGGGUAGUGUUAGUGUCCAGGUCAACGCUGGUCCAUUAGCCUAUGCCAGAGCUUUCUUGGAUGAUACAAGCACCAAAAGAUAUCCAGACAAUAAAGUCAAAUCACUGAAGGAAAUUUUCAGACAGUUUAUUGAAACUUGUGGGCAGGCUCUAGAAGUAAACGAACGGCUUAUAAAAGAAGACCAGAUAGAAUAUCAAGAAGAAAUGAAAGCUAACUAUAGAGAGAUGGCAAAAGAACUUUCUGAAAUUAUGCAUGAGCAACUGGGAUGAUUACUGCUGUGGAAGAAAAGGCCAAUGCAAUGUCCAACUCACUACACAUUUUCAAUGCCAUUAGUGGGACAGCAACAAGCACAACAGUUCAUGGGAUGCCCAGCUCUUCUUCAAUUGCAUAACUGUCUUAUACGUGAAAGUACCUUGACUUUGGAACAAGAGGGUUUGGGGAUGGCUUGCUAACUCAGGAUGAAAUAAAAAAUUGUGAAAGAACUAUGCAGAUUCUAGUUAUUGUAUCAAUCAGGUAUAAAGAAAUAAGACAUCAAAAGUGCACAUAUUUUUAUAUUAUGCUUGCAAUAUUAUAUGUUCCGAGAAGUAUUUAGGAAAACUGAUCACAUAAGGACUUCAUGAAGUGAAUGGCACAGUGUAGGCAGAUUUGGAACAUGUGUGUAGACACACACUUAUGAGAGUGUUGCUGAAGUUAUGCACAUAUCAACUGAUAAAAGUAUUAACCACUAUGAACUAAAUAAGCACUAAAUAGAGGUGUUAAUGUACGUAGAAGUAGGUUUUUAUAUUGUUGACUAACAGUUGUGCUCUAUUUUAUAACUUACUGGCAUUUUGGAGAGCUUAUAAGCUUAAAAGGAAUAAAGUAUUUACUUCCAAUCAAUGGUGACUAUAUAUUAUCUUAAACAAUAAAUGUAAAAGUUUGUUAAUACAGCUUAUAAGGUCUAUAUAAAUGUAUUGCAUUUUAAAUAUUUUUAAUAUUCAUACUCACUUUCAUCCUUUUACAGUUGUGAUGGAUUCAUGUUCAUUCCAAGUAAAUGCUCUAUUUUCUUUUACAUUUUAUUUGUAUAUAUAAAGUGCAAUAUGAAGUUGUAUACACUUUCUGUAACAUUAUGCACUGUUAAAAAAAAAAUACCUAAUUUUGCCAAAGUGAUGGAAUAUAAAAGUGGUGAUGACUACUGUGGAAAUGGUGAUGUAAUUUAAGGCUUUUGCUGUGUUGCUUAAAGACAUGAAUAAUUUUAUACCUGCAAAAGAUAAAGGUUUUAAUUUUAUUUAACUGGAAUCACUGUCCUGCUGUAAUUAAACAUUAUGUAUAACAUC